AUCUUUUCCUUUCUUUCCUUUUUCUAUUUCGUUCUUGGAGGGUUUUUUUCUUCUUUCUUUCCCCCAAUUCAAUUCAAUUCAAUUGGACUCAUGGCGAUUCGGAAUGCCCCUCGUCGCCAGCCACUGCUGCGGUUACGCCCGGCUGUGCCGCUGCUCGCACUCACGGCGCUCUUCGUAGCAGCAUUGCUCCAUCCAUCCAACGCAGCCUUCCCUCGUACACCAACCAGCUAUUCCAGUGUCCUGCUCUGGCUUGCCUCGGGCCAGCGGUCGCCCAAUAAAGAUUGGACGACCACGUCGCCUUCGCCAGUCUUCACGUUUGAGACAGAAGACCCACCAUCGUCGUCGACGUUUGCAAAGUUCCAAAACGGAGAAUACUUCUGGUUGUCGUCAAGUGACUCUCAAAGCUAUCUAAAUCUCGGCGGCACUUCUGUGCCUUCGUUUGCUUUCAUGGCAACUAUUCAGUUCAAACUGAGCGACGUCACUCAAUCAUCGCCCUUCAUCGUGCUCGGUCGCACGUGCUUCGACUCGGCGACCUUGAUCAAAACAAAGUUUGCCCUUUCCCUGACAAAGACAGAUUCCAGCACGUAUGUCUUUUGUGUCAGCUCGGGCGACAUUAACCUGCAAGUACUUGCGGGUGUUGUCUGCGGUCAAGGGAAUGCUUCUCCAUCGGCGACCACGACGGUUGUUGUCGGCGCCACAGUGACCAGCGGUGCUGCUGUCAUUUACUUGAAUGGCGUGGCUGCAGGUAACGGCAACGUGAACACUCCGACAACCCAAUCGAACUUGCCCGUGUUGAUUGGCGGGUCUACCUCCUGUGGCUCGAACACGAACGGUUGUGACGACGAUGGAUGUAGCCUUGUCUCGAAUAAUCAAGAAGUUGCCAUCGGCGAAAUGGUGGUCAUUGGAACCGCAGCGACUGGUUUCGACAUGCUUUCGUACAGUUGCUUCGCUGCCGACAAAUUCGACCUGUCAAAUGCUUGCCCGACUGGUUGCGGCAACGCUGACGUCGAUGCGGGCGAAACAUGUGACUCUGGCACCGAUUGCCGGACGGAUUGCAAGUGCCCUGCGGGAUAUGUGUCCGAUAACAAUCGGGGUUGUGUUUCAUUGGCAGUGAUCUCCGCCUCAGUGUCGGCUCUCAGCGCCUCAUCCGCUGCUGUGAAAUCGUCUUCUUUGGCAGCUGUGGCUUCGUCUUCUUCUGCAGCUGCGGCUUCCGCUUCCGCCGUCGCGGUCUCUACCUCAUCCGUGAUUGCUGCCUCUGUGUCCGCCGUCUCUGCGGCUUCCGUUUCCGCCGUUUCCGCAUCGGCUGCCGCGGUGAUUUCCGCUUCAUCAGCUUCGGCUGCCGCGGUGAUUUCCGCUUCAUCAGCUUCGGCUGCUGCUGUGAUCUCUGCUUCCUCGGCAUCUGCUGCUGCUGUGAUCUCCGCUUCAUCAGCCUCUGCCGCCUCUGUGGUUUCAGCUUCAUCAGCUGCGGCUGCUUCUGCGAGCUCGGCUUCGGCGACAUCCGUUGCGUCCGUGAUGUCAGCAUCAUCGGCAUCUGCGGUUUCCGCUUCCAGAGCUUCCGCAUCCAGCGCUUCAUCGGUGUCCAGAGUGUCUGCAUCGUCCGCGUCUGCCGUGUCCGUAUCGAGCGCCUCGGCAGUCAGUGCUUCGCGCGCCUCUGUCAGCUCCAUCUCGGCUUCUUCCGUCAGCGCUGUGUCGGCUUCUUCCAUGUCGGCUCUCCGUGAGUCGGCCACGUCCGUCAUUGCCGAGUCCACGUCCAUGGUUGCCGCUUCAAGCGCCGGAGUCGUCUCGGUCUCGCGGGCGAGUGUCUCUGCAGUGUCCGUUUCCGCCAGACUGGCUGCCAACGCCGCCAAUUCCUCUGGCAGUGCCAUUGGGCCCAUCAUCGGAGCUGUGUUGGGUGUCUUGCUCGUGGCGGCCAUUAUUGCGGCCAUUCUAAUUCGUCGGCGCCGUACUCAACGCAAGCAGUCUCCGCCAUCAGAGCCAGUGGUCGCGAGCUCGACAAAUCCACUCUACCUCAACCACUCAAACUCCUCCUCGGACGUCUACGACCAUGUCGGAGCCCACGAAUCGCUCUAUGCCGAUGCCGCUGCGCCGCGGCCCCUGAAAACCGACUAUUACGGCUCCCCGCAGGACGCAGAGUCAGCAUCGGAUGACCUUUACGCGGCACCAGAUGCGAAGGCGGGUUAUGCUGCUCCAGCGGGCAAGUCGGGUUCUGCAUCCACCAAGCCUGGACCAAUGUAUAGUUCGCCUGAAGACUCGCGUCCAUCGACAUCAGACGACCUUUACGCGGCUCCGGAUGCGAAGGACUAUGCUGCUCCAUCGAGCAAGUCGGGUUACGCGUCCGCAAAGCCGCCUACAUCCAUGUACAGCUCGCCUGACGACACACGCAACCCUGAGUUGUACAGCGAUCCUGCUGAGCAGUCGUAUGACGCGCCGACGUCGUCGUUUGGCUCGUCUGGCGAAGCUGUCUACGCCAAGGUCAACAAACCGCCCAAGCCCCCACUUUCGGCAGCCCAAGUGGAGGGUCUCUACGCCCAGGUGAACAAGCCUCGAUCAACGCCCGCGGCCAGCAACCCUGCCAUCGAAGACCUCUACGCCAAAGUCAACAAGCCGCCCAAGCCGCCAAAGUCGAGCGCGUAAAGCACCCCUCCCGCCACUUGGUGAUUCUGUACAAUGUUUUUUUUUGUUUGAUGUCGUUCUUGUUCUUGGUUUUGUUGUUGUUGUUGUUGUUGUUGUUGUUGUUGUUGUUGUUGUUGUUGUUGUUGUUGUUGUUGUUGUUGUUGUUGUUCUUGUU